CUCCCAGGAUUGGGGAUGCCAGGGGAAGGGACAGCUCUAAGGCCCUCUGCAGAAGGGACCUUGAGCCCCAAGGAUUUUGAGGGCAGUCCAGUGGACACCAGCUUUGUCCACUCUUGUCCUAGCCCCACAUUUGUUCUCCUUCUAGGGGCAGCGUCAGCCUUUCCCUACCUCCUGAGGAGCUGGGGCCUCACCCCCAUCAAAUCCUUGCAGCCUACUGAGUUCACUGAGGAGGACCUACUGGGUGCCAGGCAUUGCACCCACUCAGUGCUUGGGGAUAAGGGGGCGCCCACCCGCGAUGUCCUGCUGGUCUCUGCCAUCAUCACCGUCAGCCUUAGCGUCACUGUCGUCCUCUGCGGCCUCUGCCACUGGUGUCAGCGCAAACUGGGCAAACGCUACAAGAACUCCUUGGAGACCGUGGGCACGCCAGACUCAGGGCGUGGGCGCAGUGAGAAGAAGGCCAUCAACGAUCUAGACAGAGACUUUUGGAAUAACAAUGAGAGCACAGUGCAGCAGAAAUGGAGCUCCUAUCCUCCCAAGGAGUUUAUUCUAAACAUUUCACCCUACGCCCCUUAUGGCGACCCACGACUGUCCCUCAAGUUGCCUGCAGGAGGGAAGGCAGUGAACACAGCCCCAGUGCCGGGCCAGACACCCCACGAUGAGUCUGACCGCCGGACUGAGCCACGCUCCUCUGUCUCGGACCUCGUCAACUCCCUCACCAGUGAGAUGCUCAUGCUCUCCCCAGGCUCGGAGGAGGACGAGGCCCACGAGGGUUGCAGCCGGGAGAACCUGGGCCGGAUCCAGUUCAGCGUGGGCUACAACUUCCAGGAGUCCACGCUCACCGUGAAGAUCAUGAAGGCCCAGGAGCUGCCAGCCAAGGACUUCAGCGGCACCAGCGACCCCUUCGUCAAGAUCUACCUGCUGCCAGACAAGAAGCACAAGCUGGAGACCAAGGUGAAACGGAAGAACCUGAACCCGCACUGGAACGAGACCUUCCUCUUCGAAGGCUUCCCCUACGAGAAGGUGGUGCAGAGGAUCCUCUACCUCCAGGUCCUGGACUACGACCGCUUCAGCCGCAAUGACCCAAUCGGGGAGGUGUCCAUCCCUCUCAACAAGGUGGACCUGACCCAGAUGCAGACCUUCUGGAAGGAUCUGAAGCCAUGCAGCGAUGGGAGUGGGAGCCGAGGGGAGCUGCUCUUGUCUCUCUGCUACAACCCCUCCGCCAACUCCAUCAUCGUGAACAUCAUCAAAGCCCGGAACCUCAAAGCCAUGGACAUCGGGGGCACAUCAGACCCCUACGUGAAGGUGUGGCUGAUGUACAAGGACAAGCGGGUAGAGAAGAAGAAGACAGUGACAAUGAAGAGGAACCUGAACCCCAUCUUCAAUGAGUCUUUCGCCUUUGAUAUCCCCACGGAGAAGCUGAGGGAGACCACCAUCAUCAUCACUGUCAUGGACAAGGACAAGCUUAGCCGCAACGACGUUAUUGGCAAGAUCUACCUGUCCUGGAAGAGCGGGCCCGGGGAGGUGAAGCACUGGAAGGACAUGAUUGCCCGUCCCCGGCAACCGGUGGCCCAGUGGCACCAGCUGAAGGCCUAAGGGCAGCCAUGGGAGGCCCAGGGGGCCGAGGGCCCGGGUCCCCAUCAUGCCCUCACCACUUUAUGCACAAUGUCCGGCCUGGCCCCCCGCCAUAGGUGAGGGGAGGACCCUGAGGGCUUGGCCAGGGAGGGGUCCUAGGAGGCAGUUGGGCCCCGUUUCUAGGAAGUACCAGCCCCAUCCUCCACCGGUCCAGCUCUGGGGGAGGGGCUCUGGGAGCCAUUUUCCUGCUUUGCCCCUUUCCUUCCUGACUUGCUGAUACUAAAGAAGUAGGGGAGAGCGUGAAGGCCGGACAGGCAGACGGGCAGAUCCCUCCAGAGACCCGCCAGGUGGGCACGGUCCCCCGUUUUCUUUAAGGCAGUGCCUGGAGUGGAGAGAAGCCGCCCUCUCCCCAGCUCCCAAUGUGGGCCCAGGAGAGGGAAGGCCGAGGCGUUUGGCCCCGGCCUGGCCAGGAGAGGCCCAUCCGGGAGCAGUUUCAGGUGCCGGCUGGGCCCUGAAUGCCAAGGAUAGUAUAUAGCCCACUCCAGGGUCCUGGAGCUGCAGCCCGUGUACUUGGCAUCACGUCCACCGUGUGUAUGUGCGUGCGUGUGUGUAUGGGGGUGGGGGCACUCUCACCCUGUCCCCCUGGGGCCGGCCGUGCAGAGAGGGCAGGCUUUCAUAAAGUGAGGUAGGGCAGGAGGCCGAGAGAGGUCAAGGCACAGUGCCGGGGGUGGGCAAGGAGAGGCAGAUGAGGGGUGAGAGGGGAAAUGUGGGGUGCAGGAGAAAAGAGCAGACACGAGAGCCGGGCUGAGAACUGGGCUACCUCCUGCCGCCCCCACCCCUGGCCCCACUCUGCUCAGAGUUCUCCAGGAGCUCCUUGCUGAGCGACUUCAUCUCUGGAACGUCAUUUCACACCUUUCAGGCACCUACUGCGUGUAUCACAUUCCACCAGACUCCCCUCCCUUCCUUCUCCGGGGUCCCAAGCUCCCACUAGCUCUCUUCCCAUCACCCAGACACCCGCAGCCUUCCCAGAUCUCAGAUCCCAGCCAAGCUGGCAAUAUUCUCCAUGCUUCCCAGGUUCCUUCCCUAUCUGUGCAGACCUCUGCUACCCCUCUAUCCCCAAGCCCGUAGACCUUCCCUUCCAUUCAGGGUCGGAGUCUCUGGCCCAGCCUUCUUUCCCCACCGCUCCCAGUCCCUCAGAGCAGCUCUUUCUGCCCCUUUCAGUCCAGGCAGAGGAAGCAGGGAAAAGUCCAGAUCCUGCAAGCUCUGAGAUUGCCCCACAAAGCAGCUGUGGCUUCUCUGCCUCAGCUGCUGCAGAGACUAGAACUGGCCUCCCCUUGGAGACAGCAGAUUCCGGGAUGAUUCCCGCUUAAGUCUGCUCAGCCCCGCGAGGGUCCUGGUAUUGAUACAAGACAGCGGUGGACAGUCUCAAGUCUAGGUGUCCGCCAGCCUGGGCCUGACAUUUCCGGCACAGGCCGCCAGGUGGCGCCCGGACACCACGCCUGUGGUGGCGUCCUGGGACCACAGUUCUACCCCGAGACGGGCCUGGCCCCAAAGGGGGACUCUGGGUAGGGUCCCCACUUACAGAGCAUGGCAAAAGCAUGGGAAUUGGGGAGCCAUUUUCCUUCAGUAGGCUGCCCCUUGAGCUGCCCGUAUCAAAAUUUAUUACAUUGAAUCUCACACCCCUGCCCUCACCCCCUCCCCCAGGAUCUGGAGGAAUAUCAUACUGAGUAGGUGAAUCAGUUUGUAGAUUGAGGAGUUCUCUUGUAAAGCAAAUAAUCACCCACAUUUCUUGUAAAUCCCAGUUUUUCUGUAUUGUAGCUUUGCUUAAAAUUGGGGGCCUGCCCCAACUGCAGGGUCCUUGUUGGGCAGGACGGGAGGGCAGCAACUCCGAAGGAAGUGAUCAGAGGGUUUUGUGGGAAGCCUUGAAAGGCGAAGGAUCUGUCCUCCUCCAACCCUCCCUCAGAUCCUGUACCCCUCCUCCACGUGGUGCCAGCCCCGCCCCGGUGCCCCCUUGCCUGUUGCGGAGCCUUCUGGGAUCGAACCAACCUGCAAUGAGUGGGCGGGGCAACUGCGUUGCUUUUUUUCCCGGGCCCCGCCCACGGAGCUCUUAGCCAAUCGUAUGCAGAGAGCAUCUUGGGGCGGAGUCUGUUCUCAAUCUGUCCCACCCAGGCAUACUGGUGAACCCUGCCUGGGUUUUCCCAACCCCCAAAUACGCAGCAGGGAGGCCGGGGAGGGGUGGCAAGUGGUGGGCCAAGGGUCCGGUGGGCUGGCACAUGAGGAGGCACGUGGCAUGCGGUGAGCGCGGGGGUGGGCUAGGGCUAGAGGAGACCAAACAGGGAAUGGGGGAACGUGAGGAUGGGGGGGAGGGCACAGAAGCCCCGCCACCAUCCCAGGACCUUGGGCAGAUCACCCACACUCCCGGGGCCUCAGUUUCCCCAUCUGUAAAAUGAUGGUAAUAAUACUUCACCUACCUCAUCGGGGAGGUUGUGAGGCCACCGUCGCCUGACCUGGGGCUGAGGCAGAAGGACUGUGAGGGUGCUACCCGGGAGCAAAGUAUUAUUACUGUAGCCUGAAAGCAAGGCCCGCCCGCCCCUCCCCCUGUAGAGUCUCCAGGAUAGCCGAGGCCGGCCUGGGCCAUCUAUCUCUUCUCUACUGUGUCCCAGGUCCCUUCAUGAGCGUCAUCUGCCGUCUUUGUGGGCGCCCUAGACUUAGUUGUUAUCUUGUUCAGAUAUCGUCUCUUGUGACCCUCUCCCUACGUAACCGCUGUACAAAUCCCACCUGCCACAGGACCCCGCACCUGCCCCCUGGCGCCAGACGCCAGGGAAGGGACAAGGAAAACAGCCACAAAAAAAGCCAAGGGGGCCCCCAGAGCCCCCAGCCCGGCUGGGACCCCAGGGGUGGGGUUGGUGGCCACUGUUUGUAUUGUGUUGGAGUCCUUGAGUGCAAGUGUUUUAUCUAAUAAAAAAAAAAAAAAAAGAGAGAGACAGACAGACAGACAGAAACCCACUAUCACAAGAAAAAAAAAUUGCAGCAAAGAGAAAUGAAGAAAAACUGAAGGAAAAAAAAGGAAAAAAGAACCAUACAAAAUUUUUCCACUACACGCACCCUCUAAGCCAGCAAGAUUCCCUCUUUGCAAAAUCAUAUUUUUGUGGGAAUGGGCCCUGCUUUUUGUGGCAGGGCCCGUUCUGAUAAAUAAAGGAUCGUGACAAA